CUGGCCAAAGACAAAAAGGAAGUGUGUUCAGUGACUCAAGCUCAAACCCUGCCACAGUUCUAGGUUGGAAAGAGUGUGCUAUGACUGAUAUAGGGGACUGGCAUUAUGCUCACCAUGUUUACCUGUCACUAUCACCACACUUCAUCACUUCUUAUGGGGUUCAUCCACUUACAUAAGAGCAUGUAAUGAGUCAAGAAGAAGGCCCCAAUGUGCCAUGUGGGCAUCAUCAUGUUGUUGUGUCCCUUCUUUGUAUGAUUUUAUGAAUGGAUGCUAAAUUGCAGGCAGAUGGCUCAAAUUCAUAUUUACACACCAUGUUCCUGUGCUUGCACAUAUUGCUUGAUUCCUUGUUUCUGACAAAUCUUGACAUAUUCUGCAGAGUCUCAGUUCACUGUCACCAUGCCUCCGAAGAAAGCUCUCCCGUCCGAGAAGAAGGCGCUGAUCGGGCGCGUGGGCACCAACCUCAAAGUCGGCAUCGUCGGCCUGCCGAACGUCGGCAAGUCGUCCUUCUUCAAUGUCCUCACCAAGUCGCAAGCGCAGGCGGAGAACUUCCCCUUCUGCACCAUCGACCCGAAUGAGAGUCGCGUGCCGGUGCCCGACGCCCGGUACGACUUCCUGGUGGAGCACUACAAGCCGGCCAG